UGCGUAUUUUAUGUUUCUCUCUCCUCUCUCUCCCUCUCUCUCUCUCUAACUGGAAGAAAUCCAGCACAAAAUUUCCUAAAACUUUCCAAAACCUAAGAUCUCUCUAUCCUACCUCACCUCACUUAACUAAAAUCGCCGUGAAACGGUGAUUGGAUUCAAUCUCGCUGCCGCCAGCCGGAAUUUUUAACACCAUCAAUUAUCCGGCGGACAGCAGCGAUCAGCUAAGAGAUGAGUGACAGCGAGCUACUUCAAAUUGAACCCCUUGAGCUUCAAUUCCCAUUCGAAUUGAAGAAGCAGAUCUCCUGUUCGAUGAUUUUGACGAACAAGUCUGAGAAUCAUGUUGCAUUCAAGGUGAAGACGACGAAUCCGAAGAAGUACUGUGUGAGGCCAAACACUGGAGUCGUGAUGCCAAACUCCAGUUGUGAUGUUACAGUUACCAUGCAAGCCCAAAAGGAGGCUCCACCGGAUAUGCAAUGCAGGGAUAAGUUUCUCCUUCAGAGUGCAGUUGUGAACUCUUGGAUAGCUUCAAAGGAUAUUACUCCAGAAAUGUUCAACAAAGACUCCGGGAACCAAGUAGAGGAAUAUAAAUUGAGAGUAGCCUAUGUUCCACCCCCUCAACCCCCUUCACCUGUUCGAGAGGGCUCGGAGGAAGGCUCCUCGCCUAAGGCAUCAGUGUCAGAGAAUGGGACUGUAAAUCAGGCUUCUGAUUUGAACAAGAUGUCAAAAGGACUCCCUGAAACAAAUGGAAUCACAUCAGAGGUCAAUGCCCUUAUUUCAAAGUUAAGAGAAGAAAAACAAUCUGCUAUUCAGCAAAAUAACAGUCUUCGACAAGAACUGGAGCUCGUGAGACGUCAAGGUCAAAGCAGUACCGCUGGUGUCCCCAUCAUGUUUGUCAUCAUUGGUGGCUUGAUUGGGAUCGUGUUGGGAUAUCUUUUGAAUGGGAUCCUGAUAUCUUUUGUAGAUAACACAAACACCUGAUGUGUUGCUUCAUUCGGAUUUCCGAAUCAGUUGCCUGCAUGUUCAAAUUAUUGGACAUUGAAGGGAAUGUCAAGUAGGAGCUUAAUAUUUUUGGUUAGUUGUUUGCUUGACUGUAGAAGCAUGGAUGCCUUGAUGGGUUUGGUUGGUUUUCAAUAAUUGCUCAAAGUGCAUUUGUUGUGUGACUAGCUUUAGCCUUUUUUCAAGGAUACUAUAUUAUUUUUCACAUAUAUACAACUUUGUUUAGUA